AUGACGGAAAAACCCCUGAAAAACCAUCGAAGAACAAGAAAGAACCAACCAACCAAAGGUUGGACACGAAUCUUCAAGCGCAAUUGCAAACUUAGCAAGACGAGUUUCAGGAACAGGCUAAACUCAGCUGCAAGGGCCAGCACGCUGAAUAGUCUACCAUACAAUUGCAUUCUAAUUUACUUACUGGUAUUUUCUUUACAUAUAGAGAGCCCGACAUCAUCACUGCCAAGUACCAAUGUACGCACGGAUAUCCGUGCAUCUUUUCUUGUCUUUGGACCUCUAUUAGCAAGAACUGGCAAGGCUGAGGUGUAUAAGCCAGGAGGAUGUGAUAUUCAAAAAGAACCGAGAAAAGUCGACUACCACAUACAAGCAAUGGAAGAUAUGAGUGUGCAGGAAAAGCCAUCCAUUGAAGAAACCAAUAUCUUUGUCAAAAUGGAGGUGGAAAACGGUCUAAAACCUGCAGCAAUCACGUUCGAGAAAAGCUCAGUUGGCGCAACGGAAACUGCUAUGAUGGCUGCUAGUCUGGUGGAAGGUACUUUGUGUGUGUGUAUGGUCCACUAGUUUAAUUAAAAUGGUUAAGCACCUAACCAUAGGAGGCAGUGGCGGAAAUUCACUUUUUCCGGUGGGGGAGCAAAGCCUCCUAAAUUUUCGACAAAACUUUCAAAUUUCCGACAUACCCCCCAUUUGCACUCGAAAAGACUGUUUUAGCCCUCUUUUAGAUCAAAAUUUCCAAAAAUUCGUCAAUUUUCCGGAAGGUGGGGGGGGGGGGGCCUCGGCGCCCCCCUCCUCCCCACCAAGAUUUCCGCCACUGAUAGGAGGUGGCAACUUCUUACCCACCCAACUUGUCCAUGACCACCUAUCUUCUUAAUUACUUAUCUAUCCACCUACCAAUCUUACCCACCCACCAAUCCAUGACCACCCACCCAAGGCGCCCCAGGAAUGUUCUAUUGAAUGCGAAUUCCAAACAAUGAAUUUUUGCUACUUAAGGUGACACCGUAAUCAGACAUGCAGCAAUUGAACCGGAGAUAUAUGAUUUGGCUGACAUGUUGAAAAAGAUGGGUGCAAAAAUCAAAAUUGAUGAAAAUGUGGAAAUUGCUGAAGACGACCUCACUGACUUUGGUAUAGAAGAAGAGGUGUGGAAUGUGAUCACAGUCACUGGACGCAAGUCUCUCCGAAGUGUCAGCCAUCGGGUCAUGCCUGAUAGAAUCGAGUUCGGUACUUAUGCCAUUGCUGCUGCCAUGAACAAUG